UCUACCUGCGGAUCCAAUUACAUCCUAGAUAUGCUAUCAUAAAACUUCAUUUUCAUAGUAUGUUAUGUCCUAAUAAAAUUGAGUGGCAUCAUUGUUUUGUUCUUCCUGUUUUGUCAUGAAACACCAAAUGGUAAAACUGGUAACAGGUGGAUUAUACAAAGAAGCACUCCAUCAAUACACUCAACACCUCUCAGCUUCAUUACUUCCCAACAAAUUCACGUUCCCUCCUCUCUUCAAAGCCUGUGCCAAGCUCAACUCACCAAUCCAAGGCCAAAUCCUCCAUAACCAUCUCAUCAAAAGUGGGUUUUCCCGUGACGUUUACGCUGCCACAGCUCUCACUGACAUGUACAUGAAAUUACACUGCUUUGAAUAUGCUCUAAAGGUGUUUGCUGAAAUGCCUGACCGAAAUUUGGCUUCGUUAAACACAAUAAUUUCGGGGUUUUGGAGAAAUGGGUAUUGUGAAGAAGCUUUGACAGUGUUUAAAGAGAUGUGUUUUGGAUUUUCGAGGCCUAAUUCACUCACUAUAGCUACCGUUUUGUCGGCUUGUCAAAGUUUCGAACUUGGCAUGCAAGUUCAUUCUUUGGCUAUUAAGUUGGGAGUUGAAUUGGAUGUUUACGUGGCAACAUCAUUGUUGACUAUGUAUUCUAAUUGUGAAGAAAUAGUUCUAGCUACAAAAGUGUUUGUAAAGAUGACUAAUAAGAAUGUUGUCAGCUACAAUGCUUUCUUUUCAGGGCUUUUGCAAAAUGGGGUUCCACGUAUCGUGUUGGAUGUGUUUAAGGACAUGAGGGAUUGUUCACAAGAAGAACAACCCAAUUCUUUAACUUUGGUUUCUGUUAUAUGUGCUUGUGCAAGUCUUUUAUAUCUACAGUUUGGCAGGCAGGUUCAUGGGAUUGUUAUGAAAAUUGGGGUACAGUUCGAUACUAUGGUUGGAACUACACUUGUUGAUAUGUAUACAAAAUGUCGGGCUUGGCAAUGGGGCUAUGAUGUUUUCAAGGAGAUGAAUGGAAGCAGGAACUUGAUAACUUGGAAUUCAAUGAUUGCAGGGUUGAUGUUGAACAAUCAAAGUGAGAUGGCUGUUACACUGUUUGAGGAGUUGGAAUUUGAAGGAAUGAAACCUGAUUCAGCGACAUGGAAUUCGAUGAUAAGGGGAUUUUCACAGGUAGGAAAAGGAUUUGACGCUUUUAAGUAUUUUGAGAAGAUGCAGUCUGCUGGUGUAGAACCGAGUUUAAAAUGUAUUACCAGUCUUUUGCCAGCUUGUUCUGUUUUAUCUGCUUUAAAGCAGGGAAAAGAGAUUCAUGGGGUUGCUAUAAGAAGUGGCAUUAGUAAGGAGGAGUUCAUUGCUACUGCAUUCAUUGACAUGUAUAUGAAAUGUGGGUAUUCUUCUUGUGCACGUAAAAUUUUUGAUCAGUUUAAGUCAAAGCCUGAUGAUCCUGCAUUUUGGAAUGCAAUGAUUUCCGGUUAUGGAAGAAAUGGAGAGAAUGAAUCAGCGUUUGAAAUUUUUGACUUGAUGCUGGAGGAAAAAGUAAAACCAAAUGCAGGAACUUUCAUUGGUAUCCUAUCAUCAUGUAGUCACACUGGUCAAGUUGACAGAGGAUUACAAGUUUUCAGAAUGAUGGGUAAAGAUUGUGAUUUGAGCCCAAAUCUUGAGCAUUUGGGUUGCAUAGUUGAUCUUUUGGGUAGAUGUGGCAAACUAGAAGAAACCAAAAAACUAAUACAAGAAAUGCCUGACCCUCCUGCUACGGUUUUUGCUUCUCUGCUUGGUGCUUGUAGGUGUCACUUGAAUUAUGAGAUAGGAGAAGAAAUGGCUAUGAAGCUUUCAGAGUUAGAGCCAGAGAAUCCAACUCCUUUUGUGAUACUGUCCAACAUAUACUCUGCGGUAGGAAGAUGGGGAGAUGUGGAAAGAAUAAGACGAAUGAUAGAUGACAGAGGACUGAGAAAAUUCCCUGGAUUUAGUUCAAUAGCUAUAUCAUGAAGAGGAACUUCUAAUAA